AUGGUGAUGUGUGAUAACGAGAGCGCGUCUGUCGGCGGCUUCCACCUUGGCGCUCAAGAUGACCAACGCCCGCGAGCCCCGAGCGUCUCUUCCCUAUCGCUUUACAAACAGAAGAUCGACGCGCUCUUCGACGACACACGUUCCAUUACCAGUCUUCCGCAGUAUACACCUACGUCGGAAACAGGACGGAAAGAUAGUAAGGCCAGCCUAUUACAAGACAAUAAAACAAGCGUACUCGAAGACGAAAACAACUACUGUUUAAAUAAAAUAAAGAAGAUCAAUAAUACUGUACAAGAUCGAAUAGAGAGAAUGUUUGCAGAUAUGGCGGGAGAGACCAAACAACCUGAGAAUAUAGGGGUGCACGUAUUCAGUGUGCAUUACCUGGGGUCGACUCCUUUACAGAGUAAAGUAACAAGCCUUUCUGGACUUCAAGAUCCUCUUAGGGAUUUGUAUUUCGCCUUCAAAAGUAAUCAUCGCCAUAAAAAUACAUUCAACGGUAAAUUAGAAAUAUCAAAAAAUGGUUUAAAAGUUAGGUAUAAAGGAGAGAAAGGAGACUUAGAGCAGCUCAAUCCUUUUCCAACUAUAGCCGUUUGGUCCGCAGUAAAAUUUCUAGUUCAACCGUCAGAUAAAGAUCAAAACGCAUUAAGUUAUGCAUUUGUUCCAUUAAUCACUGAUCCCGAUAAUAUCGAUCGACACGCACUAUUCAAAUCGUUAGAUUCAUCUGAAAAGAAAUAUAUCCUCUCCCACAACGAAAAUUCACAUUCACCUCUUUUCGCUGUCGUGAUGAGGAAAAUAGGCGUUGCAAAACAAUUGGAGUGUCAUGGGUUUGUAUGUCAGACGACCGAGGACGCUAUAGUAAUAGCGGCCACGCUAUACAAAUCUCUUAUGUCACAUAUGAGUCGGCAGGGUCACAAUGAUAACAAGAAGUUGAGAAAUAGGAAUGGAGUAAGCUGUAUGAGUAUUACAAGCAGCGUGGCAGCUAAUGAUGUCCCUGUUAGACCACCUCGAAAAAAACGCAGUACGUCUUCUUUGAGUGGAGAUAGUGAUAGAGCAGAUGGGUACUCAGCUAGUGAAUCGUUUACUGAAAAGCCGAAAUUAGAAAGAACGAAGAAUGUAACCGAAGAUUUACCUCUUUUUUCAAUACCUACUUUGCCACCUUUUGGUUCGAAUCGAAUUACUGUUGAAGAAGUAAAAGCGAAAUUAGAUUUAAUAAGAAACAAUGACACAAGUAGUGAGUCUCAAGAGUCUAAAUCUUCCAUUCCGAAAGAUUCUUUAAAUUUUAUAUCAAAUCCGUCAGGUCAAAAUCCACAAAGUAGUAGUGAAUCUUCAGGCAAAAGCAAAGUGUCUGAAAAAAUCGAACUAUUUCGAGAGUUAGAAAGGCGGAAAAACAUACAAAGACCACCGACUUUACCUCCUCCUAUACCUACUAAGCCUCAGACUAAAACUCAACCAGAAAAUCCCAAGGAACCGUUGAGACGUAGUCAAAGUGGAAGGAAAUCACUAAGUGAAUCUGGUGAUAUUUUGACAAAAGUUGCCAUUCCCCGCUCUGGAAGUUUCUUAAACGCUGGUGGGCUGACCCGUUACAAAUCUAUCGGCCAAAGGAACAAUGGUAAGAAAGGCGGUGGUUCACCGUUGGGCUUCAAUGAACUGUUUAAUGAAUUUAAAGUACAGGAAAAUUUACAUUCGAUGGACGAAAUUUUAAACGCAAUAAUCGAUCCAGAUGGAAUGUCUUUUAAUGAUUUGAAACCGAUUUACAAAGAAUUUCUAUUAAAACUAGCAGUAACGUUAACUAAGGAUGAAAUAUUUCAACACAGUAAAGCGAUUAUGAAGAAACAAAAGAAAAAGAUUUUGCGAAGAAAUAACACAUUCUACAAUAAGAGAAGAAAAAUUUUCAAAGGUGCUAGCGGACUUCGUAUGGUUUUUCGUUUGUCAUUCGGUAAAGACUUAAAGAAGAAAGAAAAGAAGAAGCAACAAAGCAAUUUUGAUAUACAGACAAUAAACACAGCGAACGUAAAGGAACCAACGGAAAGUUCAGUUUCGACAUCUAGCUACGAUUUAAGACAGUUCAAACCUAAGGAACCAGAUUUUCCCGCUCCGAAACGACAAACAAUGAGACAAAGGAACUCAAAACGUUCGGAAAAGUCUAUUCACGUUUCGAAGAGAAGUGGAAAGACAAGGCACGGGGAAAGAACAUCGACUUCAGAAGAUUCCGAUUUUCUGACGUUGAGCAAUCGUCUCGGAUGUCAAAAUAGAAAUAGCUCGAGUGGUUAUGUUUCCUGUUCAGAAUGCGAGUCUGAAAGUUGUGUAGACCGCUGUUAUUGUUCAUUAAAAGCUGACUGUAAGCCUAUUUGUGACUGCCCUACCAGAAACGGGAAGGAAUGUACUAAAGCUAAACUGUUAGCUAAAAACUGCAAAGAGUGCUCGAAAGAAGUAUAUGACGGCGACUACAGCUAUUGCUCCUGUGACUCCGAAAGUUGCGCUGACAGUAAUAAAUGUUACUGUACCGGCCCUAGAAGGACAACAAUGCAAAGUUCACAGAGUUUAGAAUACUUAAAGAGUCCUUCAAGUAAAACCUACUCGGAUAGGAUGAAGAGAGCUUUUGAUGAUUACGAAGCAAAGCCUAGAACUAGGUCGAUGGCGUCGAAUCGGCGGCGGCGCGCACGCAGUUCGGACAGUCUGGCGCUCGACUACGAAAUACUGCUGCAGAACAAGCCGCGCGCGCGAAACAUGCAGCGACUUACCGUACGAAGCACUGGAGCUGGUUCUCAAGAUGCACUAAGCGUGAAGAAAUCCGCGGAAAUGGCAGCGCUGUUUGCAGAUGUUCGUUUAUCUCAGCGCACCGAUGUUCGCUCGUUAGUCGGGGGGCGUAGGAAUAGGCCUCCCCCGCUGUCCUCACCGCUUCCUGUGCCACCCCUAGCUAAAAUUUUUGACAAUCGACCACUUAGCAGUAAUGCUAGUUUAGAAGAUACUUUAGGCUAUUUUCCGUAA